CCGUACCAUAUUUACCACGUUAUAUGAAACCAGGUCAACCUUGCGUUGUAUGUGGUGAUGAUGCUACUGGUUUACAUUAUAGAGCAAUAACAUGUGAAGGUUGCAAAGGUUUCUUCCGACGAACGAUUCAGGUGCAUCAGAACCCAGCUAAAAGGCUGCAUUCUACAGUAAACCCUCCAAUCAAGUCAACAUCUGAUGAUAUCGUUGUCGCGAAUUUCGAUUCGCGAAGUUUCAACCAUACAAACAAAUAA